AUGUUACCACUUCACAUUGCCCUCUAUACCGUCCUAUCGACGGCACUAGCUUUUGCCGCUGUCGAGUUGGGAUUGUGCGCCUUUAUAGCUUGGGCCUAUUCUGGCUACAUUGAGGAGGACUACUACAGCUAUGCCCUGGGUGAAUAUGUGACCGACACUGUCAAAGUCCAUCCACCAGCUAUCAUAGAUUUUAUGCUAUUCGCCGGCUCCUGGACUAUUAUAGUUUCUGCCGUUGCACUGCUGCUGCCAUGGUUUUAUGCGCGCAGGGGUGCUGUUAGCGCUAAGCUGAACCGCACUGUUGGCAUUAUCCUUGCUGUCGUGUAUUUUGUUACUAUGGUUUUCUGGCUGGCUGCCUUUGCCGACCUUGCCAACGUGACUUUGGGAUAUUAUGUCAACGCCUACUUUGACGCUAUGCUUGCGUUUGCCGUCUUGCUUUGGAUUACUUUCAUCGGCCUAUUCAUCUUGAGCAUCCUUGCGCUCUGCGGUGUUCUAUACUCUGACUGGGCGGGUUACCAGUCACUGCGCCAACCCCGGGACGAUAAAGAUGUUGUUCCAGGCUAUGGUAUGCCAAUGCAUGAGAACCCUGCUCCUCCACCGCAAUUCUCUUCGCAUUAUGACGCCCCACAAUUGCAAGCUGGUGGCCAACACAACGUAUCGCACUCGGCCCUGAACUCAGCUCUUGAAUAUAGUGGUGCAAGCGCUCAUAAUUUACAGGCUAGUCAUGCGUGA